UUCAAUUUUCAGACAUCCUGUCAGUUGUUGAACUGCCCUGCUGCUCAAAGGCUUACUAGGCUAGUGGAGCUCUUCUUAACUUUGGAAAAUGGAUUUUAUAAAUAAUUCAUCGGGAUAUUUUUCUCAAAUUUACGUUAUUCUAAACCACUCAACGUUCUGGAAUUUUUCUCUACAUGAGUACGACACUGGUGCAAAGGAUGAAACCGAGUCCGAGAGUCCGACUAUGAAAGCUCUCCUAAUCGUUGCCUACUCGGUGAUUAUCGUUAUAUCCCUCUUCGGAAAUAGCGUGGUUUGUCAUGUUGUCAUCAAAAACAAAAGGAUGCACUCGGUCACCAGUUUGUUCAUAAUGAACUUGGCAAUUGCCGAUUUGAUGAUCACCCUUCUGAACACUCCGUUUACUCUGGUGCGGUUCGUCCACAGCACCUGGGUUUUUGGCAGGGCGAUGUGCCACAUCAGUCGCUUUGCGCAGUAUUGCUCUGUGCAUGUGUCUGCUCUGACCCUGGGAGCCAUUGCUGUGGACAGACAUCAGCUGAUCAUGCAUCCUAUGAAGCAGCGGAUGUCUCGUGAGAAAGGUCUGGUGUGGAUUGCGGUGAUCUGGGUAAUGGCUUCCAUCUUCUCCCUGCCACAUGCAAUCUAUCAGACACUGCUGCGCUUUGAAUAUGGAAUGACUCCGAAUGCCAAGCUGAGUGAAGUACGCGUCAUCUGCUUUCCCAGUUUCCCCGCCCCGUCCGACCUCUUCUGGAAGUAUCUGGACCUGGCCACCUUCGUGCUGCUCUACGUCCUUCCGCUGUCCAUCAUCUCCGUGGCGUACGUCAUCAUCGCCAAGAAGGUGUGGGUGCACAACACCAUCGGCGACGUGACGCUGGCCCAGUCCGUGGCCCACCGCCGGCGCAAGCGCAUGACGGUCAAGAUGCUGGUGCUGGUGGUGGCCGUCUUCGCCGUCUGCUGGUUCCCCCUCAACUGCUACGUGGUGCUGCUCUCCAGCAAGGUCAUCCAGGCCAACAACGUCAUCUACUUCUCCUUCCACUGGUUCGCCACCAGCAGCACCUGCUACAACCCGUUCAUCUACUGCUGGCUCAACCACAGCUUCAGGGCCGAGCUCAAAGCCCUGAGAUUCAAGAGCAGAUCUAAGACUGCUCCGCGCCCCUGCUAA